ACAUCGCUUACCUUUCUGCGUCGUCGUUGUUUAUAUAAACAUAAGUUACACGACGUUCCCAAACACAAACAUACAACGACUCGACGAGGGACGAUAUGGCAAAUAGGAUUAACACGGAGACAUUAUCCGGGGACAGAAGAUAUGAACGGUCUAUUACAAUAGACCGAAGCAAGGUGAAAUCGAUUCAUGAACUGAAGAAGAUACUCGCUGUAAAACUUGGUCUUCCUAUUGAAAGAUUUGAUGUCGUGAAAAUGGCCGAAGCAUUAGUGUAUGAAAACCAGGAACCAGUGACCUCAAAUACGAACCUUGGUAAUCCCAUACACAUUAUUGUCCACCCCGAGACGAGACCGGUGUUUGACCACUUGGUGACCUCCGCCAAAGACAUGAUAAUGGACUUCGAGGAAGAAAAACGAACCGUCAUGUCAUGUGGACACGGAAUAGUUCCUGAUAACCUGUACGAUUUGUGCUGGAAUAAUUUAAAGGAUGGAGCUGUACAAUUCCAAUGUCCUGCGAUAGACACUUUUAACGUUCGGGGUAACCAAAAGACAUGUGACGAAAUCUGGACUCUGUAUGAGCUGACGGUGAAAGCACAACUCUCAGCGGAUGAACGGAUCUUGUUUGAGAUGCGGCUGAGUAAGAACAGUAUACAGAAAGAGAAUGGCGUACAGGAAUGUCCGUUUUGUCGAUGUUUGUCCAUCCGAGCCAGCGAGAAGAACAACAGGGUUCGAUGUUUGAAUUGUUACAAGACAAAACCAGACAAUGCCGAAUUCUGUUGGCAAUGCUUGCAUCCUUGGAAAGUUAACGCUGCAGCGGAUUUUUGCGGGAAUCUGGAAUGCACAACUGCAAAAGGUCUGCACAUGUCACAGGACAUACUGAGGACAUGCGCAAAGAAGACCAUAGACCAAUACAGAGAUGUUCCAGCUGUCCGAGCAUGCCCAAGUUGCCACGCGCUCGUUGAACACGAGAGGGGCUGCAAAAGGAUGCCCUGUAAAUGCAAGUACCAGUUCUGUUUCGUUUGCCUCAAACCUUGGAGAUCCGACGGUUGCGGAUACAACAGCAAAUGCGUCUCUGUUGCUCCCUGCCAAGUUAUUUCACAAUAAACAAUUCUGUGUAUACAUGUAUAUCUAAUCAACAGCAAUGUAAUGGAAAGGUUAGCUAUCGCCAUGAAACAAGGGAAAUUGUAUAUAUCUUACUCAAUUAAGGUCUCUUAUACAUAUAAUAAUUUACCGAUAUCAUUUAUAGUAUGUAAUAACAUUAUUAAAAUUCCCUGAUUACUACAAAUGUAACAUUACUUAUUCUAUUCAUAUUUACAGAAAAAGUGGUGAAUAUUCCGCAAUAUCUUACCAUAGGACAAUAGACAAUUCAUUCCAUAGGACAAUAGACUUGAUCGACAUUGUUUUUUUCUGAUUAUUUGGUUAUGGACAUAACUUUUGUUAAUAUGAUUAAUAAAAUUAAUAACGUCAUCGAAACAAGUCACGUG